AUGGAUAUCCGCCUCCUCCGCUCCUCCGACAUCCCGCUAAUCCAGCACGCCAACCUGGAGAACCUGCCCGAGAACUACUUCCUCAAGUACUACCUGUACCACGCGCUCUCCUGGCCGCAGCUGUCUUACGUCGCCGUCGACGUUUCGCGCCCGCCCAAGACACCUUACGACUACCCCAAGAUUGUCGGCUAUGUGCUCGCCAAGAUGGAAGAAGAACCCGCCGAUGGCGUGCAGCAUGGCCAUAUUACUUCGUUGUCGGUUAUGCGGACUCAUCGGCGGUUGGGGAUUGCUGAGAAGUUGAUGCGGCAGAGUCAACAAGCAAUGGUCGAGUCCUUCGGCGCGCACUACGUUUCCCUGCACGUGCGCGUCUCCAACAAAGCCGCCAUCCACCUGUACCGCGACACCCUCAAAUUCAAAACCGAAAAGACCGAAAGCAAGUACUACGCCGAUGGCGAAGAUGCCUACUGCAUGAAGCUGGAUUUGGAUUUCAUCCGUGAGCAGAUCCGUGAGCAGGAGGAGGAGGAGGCCGAGGUGGCCGAGGGGGAGAAGGGGGAGAAGAAGAAGAAGAAGGGGAAAGAGGGUAAGGAAGGUGAGGCGGUGGAUGGGGAGGAUGUGGAUGAGGGUGAGGCGGUGGGGGAUGUUGGGAGGGAUCCGGCUGCUGGUGGAUCGAAGGGGGGGAGUAAGGAUCAGAAGAUUAAGGUCAAGGUUGGGAGGGGGUUGGGGGUGGGUGAGUUGGUGGAGAAGGUUGAGAGUAAACGGGGUUAG